AUGGUUGGGAGGGGGAUGGGAGAGGUCGCCAAGGACAUCCACUUGAGGAAGACUGUGGCUUCCGGAAGUGGAGGACAAGGAGGAGCUGUGGAUCAAUGGGCUGGGGACUGGAAUGAGGUGAUGGCGAACACAGCCCACCUGGUGCGGAGGCAGAGCUCCCGGGAUUUGGCCCCACAGAGAUCCCUGGACCGGCUGGAACUGAAGGAGAUGAGGGGGCGCCUUGUAGCCCUGGAGAACGGUACCCCGAGCAGCUACGGGGCCACCAACUCCGCCUUCGACGACUCCAGUCCCAACACAAAGGCAGCCCUGAAAUGCGCAGAGAAAGUCGAGCGUGCCCCGUUUAAACCGGAGUGUGGAGAGGACGACCGAGAAUCUUGGGACUCAAAACUGACCUUCCUCUUGGCGACCAUCGGGUACGCCGUGGGUCUGGGUAACGUCUGGAGGUUCCCGUACCUGGCACAGAAGAACGGGGGAGGAGCCUUCCUUGUCCCCUACUUCAUCAUGCUGGCUAUCGAGGGUAUCCCGAUGUUCUACCUGGAGCUGGCGAUUGGCCAGAGAUUGAGGAAGGGAGCCAUCGGUGUCUGGAAUCAAGUCUCGCCAUUCUUGGCUGGAAUCGGCAUCAGCAGCGCCGUCGUUUCCUUCAACGUUGCACUCUACUACAACACCAUCAUUGCUUGGUGUCUUUUCUACUUUGCCCAGAGCUUCCAGGCGGAGCUGCCUUGGUCGGAGUGCCCUAAGAAAUACUUCCCUAAUGGAUCGUACGCCGAAGAACCGGAAUGUACUGCUAGCACCCCCACCCAAUACUUCUGGUACCGCACCACACUGAUGGCUUCGGAGGAUAUUAACAACCCGGCACCCUUCAACUGGAAGAUUGCGAUUGCCUUGGUCAUUGCCUGGAUCCUGGUUUAUAUGUGCAUGAUCAAAGGGAUAGCCUCGUCUGGAAAGGUAGUCUACGUGACAGCGACGUUCCCCUAUAUCGUCCUCAUCAUCUUCUUCUUUAGGGGAGUGACACUUCCUGGGAUGUCGAACGGCCUCAAGCAUCUGUUUACACCUAAGUGGUACAAGCUGACGGACCCGCUGGUGUGGCUGGAGGCCGGAACCCAGAUCUUCUUCUCCCUGGGCCUAGCCUUUGGUGGUCUCAUCGCCUUUUCCUCUUACAACCCUGUCAACAACAACUGCUACCGGGACGCUGUCAUGGUCUCCCUCACCAACUGCUUCACCUCUAUGUUCGCUGGAAUAGUCGUCUUCUCCAUCAUAGGUUUCAAAGCUACACUCAAUUAUGAACGGUGUUUGGAAGAGAAAAACAGCGGUGUUCCUAUACAGCACCUGGGACAUCUUGCCACUACUUUGGAAAAUGCAACGAAAGCAUGCGAAGCUGGUACCGGCUUGGCGUUCAUAAUAUUUACCGAAGCAAUAAACCAGUUCCCUGGCGCCCAGUUCUGGUCAGUUCUGUUUUUCCUGAUGCUCUUCACCCUCGGGAUCGAUUCACAGUUCGGAACGCUUGAAGGAGUCAUCACUUCUAUUGUGGAUAUGAAACUUUUCCCUAAUUUACGAAAGGAAAUUCUUACAGGUGUCAUGUGCCUGGUUUGCUGCCUGAUAUCUAUGAGUUUCGCACACGGAGCUGGGAGCUAUGUUUUUGUUUUGUUCGAUAAUUUCUCUGGCAACUUUCCACUUCUUAUCAUCGCUCUUUUUGAGUGCAUCGGAGUUGCAUACGUUUAUGGUCUGAAAAGGUUUGCUGAUGAUAUUGAACUGAUGACUGGAAGUAGGCCUGGCCUUUACUGGCUCAUCUGUUGGAAAUACUUGUCGCCGUUGGCAAUGAGCCUCAUCCUGGCAGCUAGUAUAGCCGACCUCUUCAUGUACGGUAGCACUUAUCCAGCGUGGGCUGCUGACAUUGGAGAAACUGUACCUCAUGAGUGGCCACUUUGGGCUAUUUUACUCGCCUGUCUCCUGGUAACUGUAGCAGUGAUAUGGAUACCUCUGGUAGCAAUCUUCAGGUUAUUGAGCGUAGUCAUCAUAGAUGACAAUGAAAAAGCUUGGUUUCCUUCCGGGGAUCUGAAAGAAUUCCACGGUAUUGUAGAGCAUGAAGUCACAACUGCUGAAACACUCCUUUUCUGCAUAAGACCGGAUGGAAGUGAAGGUUUUUGCUGCCCAACUAGUCCACCAGAAGAAGACUAGUCUAGAACAGAUAUAAAGUAAUAGUAUGUAUAUUAUAUAAAGAUGAUAUGUGUAAAUAGUCUUAGUUGUAAUUAUGUGACAUAGACUGAGAAGGAACAUAUUGAAUACAUCUGUGUUACAUGAGUAAGAACCUGAAACUAAUUUAUUUUAUCUAUUUUACAGAAUUUUAGAAUUAUUUAGCAUAAAAUAAUUUUAUCUCAAGAUCUGCCCAUAUAAUUUAUUUUAGAUACAUUAUUUUUAUGGUUAAAACGAGUGCCAAGUUUCUGGCAUAAAAUAACAUACAUUUAAGUAUAAAGGAUUUUAGUUAAAUAUAUGGUAAAAUAGUUUACAUGCUUAUUUCAAAAUAUGAUACAAAUAACUGAAGAAUAAUAUAAUAAAAUCAUUUUUUAAUUUAAUAAAUUAUUUUGGAACUGUUUUGCGAAUUAUUAAAAAAAUAUUGAUGUUAUAUUUAAGGUGUUAAUGCCUUUAUUUUAUGAGUUUUAAAUCUAGAAAUAAUGGACUAAUUCCAGUUAAAAUUGGUAUCAUAACUUGGAUUUAUAAUAGCAAACUACAACGAAAUAAAAGAGGCUGAUUUAUUUAUUUUUAUUUUUUAAUA